AUGCGGCUACUUCUACCUUUAGCCGUGUUCGCAACGUGUUGCCUGGUGUCUCAAAUUGUAAAUGCGCAGGGUCCAGACACCACGGAAGACAAUGACUUUGCAGAAUUUGAAGACUUCGACGACGACGUCGACGAAUUCGUAAUGGCAGAAUCGAAUCGUGGAGGGAAUCCUAGUCAACAGCAGCCUCCAAAUGCACCAUCCGGCGUGGGUGCAGAGGGACGAGGCGAACCACGAAAGAGCCAAUCCAAAGGCGCUGCUGCAUCACAGGACAGCCAAGACUUUAUGGAGAUCGACGACGAUGAUGACCAGGGUGAUGACGACGGGAUCGUAGAAGAUGAAGAUAGCGAAUUCGAGCACUUCCAGGAUGAGGAGGAAUUCGAAGGUUUUGCUGGAACAAUUGGAGAUCAAGAGGAUCUACGUCAAGGUGAUACGGCCGGCAAACAUACAGCGGAACCGAAGCUUACUAUUCCAAAGGUGCCAAUACACUUCCGUACUCACUGGGAUUCCUACUGGAUGGAAAUGCUCAUGCUAGCCGGUCUCAUGGCCUAUUUUGCAAACUAUUUAGUGGGGAAUAAGAAGAACUCUGCCAUAGCAAAUCAAUGGCUAUCAAUCCAUCGAAGCCUGUUGGAGGACAACUUUGCGCUAGUUGGCGAUGAUGGAAAGAAGGAAACGGAAGGGUCGACAUUCAGCUUUAACAAAGAAAGUGAAAGUGUUUACACCCUGUGGUGCAGUGGGCGAACCUGUUGCGAGGGAAUGCUCGUCGAGUUGAAAAUGAUAAAAAGGCAGGAUCUGGUGUCGCUGAUUGCCGGUGUGAUGAAGCCGGUGCAGGAUCAACUUCAUAUCAAGGUCGAACUAUCGCCCGAUUCGAUGGAUAAUUUUGUAUUUUGUGUUGCAAGCCGCAAACAGGCUACAAAGAUGUUCAAAGAACUGAAUGAUUUGAACAAAUUCUGUUGUCUAGUCAGCAAGGCCGAGGAUAAGUACGGUAUUCCUGGAUUUGCGUUGUUAUCGGAGAUUCCUGAGGUUUCCGCUAGUGUGUUAGAUGGUAGGGUAGUAGCAGCUUUAAAUAAGUACUCACAUUUGAUCGACUACAUUCAUCUGUCGGAUCAAUUCAGUGGUCCGAUUCAACAAGAAGACCCGAACCAGUUGAAACGUCCGGAGGUGAAACGCAUUUUGCACUGCGGGUUCAAUGUCCCCGUGAAAGGUGACUUGGAAGAAAUGAAGCCGCUCCUCAUUCUCGUAUUUUACCUUAUGGAUCGCAUUCGUCGCUUCAAACUCUCAAAGGAGGCAAAAACAAAGUCAGAAAAGAAUCGAGCUGCCGUCGAGGAAGAAUUUAUGAAGAGCACCCAUCAAGCCCGUGCUGAAGCGGCUGCCUUGCGACGAGAAGAAAAGCGCAAGGCUGAAAAGGAGAAAAUUCUUGCAGAAGAGGAUCCUGAAAAACAACGCCGUUGGGAGAAAAAGGAACAAAAACGCCAACUCAAAAAACAAGCCCCCAAGAUGAAACAACUGUCUAUAAAGGCUCUUUAAAGCGCACUUCAGAAUCAGGGCUAGGGCCAUAUUGUUUAGUUAUCACGAUGUAGUGGAUUUGAACGCUAGGCAGUUUAGUUUGAUCAUACAUGAUAUAGUCUUAUUGAGUAGAAAGAACUAAAUAAAAUCGAGAUGCCCCUGUACGAUCGAAUGUAUGAACUGCGUUGAACUGCAUUGAAAAUUUGGAAACAAAUUUCUUUCUAAUGUAGCAAUGAUAAGAUCAAUAAACUUCUCAGCAGACAUUCGGUGCAAAUAGUUGUUCCAGCAAAAUGUAUAUUACCAACCUUAUCUGGCUGCCCACAAUUAUCUUCAU